AUGUCUGACUCCAAUUCGCCUCCGCGGCGACGCGCUCGAGACUCUCGCUCUCCUGCGGAUAAUCGACGUCGCUCUCACAGAGAGUCUGACCGAUCGGGCAGAGAUGACCGGCGGGAAGAGAGGAGAAAACACUACAGGUCACGAAGUCGAGAUGCGCCACCAAAGAGGUCACAGAGUCCAGAGGUCACAGAGCGCAGGAAAGAUCGAAGCAGGCACAGGCGACAUGAUCGCGACCGUCGACAGUCGAAAUCUCGCUCUCGCUCUCCUCGCCGACGACAUUCAUCUGGGCCUCUCCAGCGCGCCAAAGGUCCCCUUCCGUCGCAGGUCGACGCCUUCAAAUCCACCGACAAGGACAGCCCUUCUCCCGGCCCCGAGAAACAAAAGCCGAAUUUCCGUCCCUCCGGUCUCCUUGCGGCAGCCGCCAACACCGUCACGACAUCUACCGGUGCCAUCGUCCUGAAGUAUCAUGAACCGCCAGAGGCUAGAAAGCCGCCCUCCUCGCAGAUUUGGAGGAUCUAUGUUUUCAAGGGCGAUGAGAUCCUCGACACCUUAGAGUUGUACACACAGUCCUGCUGGCUGUUUGGCAGAGAAGUGUCGGUCUGUGACUAUGCACUCGAGCACCCGAGCUGUUCCAAACAACAUGCCGUCAUCCAGUUCCGCUAUAUCGAGCGCAGAAACGAGUUUGGGGAUAAGAUUGGAAAAGUGAAGCCCUAUAUCAUUGAUCUGGAGAGCGCCAAUGGGACAAAAGUCAACGAGGAAACUAUACCGGAGGGACGAUAUGUGGAGCUGAGGGACAAGGAUGUGAUCAAAUUUGGUCAUUCAACCAGAGAAUACGUGGUGCAAUUGCCACCCAGGUGA